UUACCAUAUGACAGACCCGACCCGAGUGUCGACGACUAAGAAUAGGGUGAGCUGAACGACGCACUGAAAGAAUACGAGGAAGAGUGGUUUCCAAGUUAGAAAAUGCUGAGAAGAAAGCCAACAAAAAUCGAAGUCAAGAUCGAAGAUAAAGAAGAACUCGAGGAAGCUCGCCGACGCAACGCUUCCGUCACCACUGCCACCACUACCGCCCCCGCUGGCACCACUUCUCUCCUCCGUCAGCUGGAUCGCGGCGGUGAAGAUCCCGCUUCCAAGGCGCAUCGUAUCGGCCUCUCCUCGUAAAACCCUAGCCUCAGUCUCCCACCUUUCUUUCCCAAUGGAGGUCGAAGUGAAGCUGCGCCUCGCAGACGCCAACGCCCACCGACGUGUCACCAGCUUGCUCUCCCCCUUCCACGUCGUCACCCACCGCCAGAAAAAUCUCUUCUUCGACGGCGCUGCGUCCGAGCUCUCCGAGCGCCGCGCUGUGCUGCGCUUGCGCUUCUACGGUGACGACGAGCGGUGCGUCGUUUCGCUGAAGGCGCGAGCGGUGCUGGUGGACGGCGUCAGUCGAGUGGAGGAGGACGAGGAGGAUCUGGACCCGCGGGUCGGGCGCGAAUGCGUUGCAGAGCCUGGGAAGUUGGGAUCGGUGGAAUCUAGGGUUUUGCGGAGGGUGAAGGAGGAGUUUGGAACUGAAAAGGGGUUUAUAGGAUUGGGAGGGUUUGGGAACGUGAGGAAUGUGUAUGAUUGGAAGGGAUUGAAAUUGGAGGUGGAUGAAACUAAGUUUGACUCUGGGAUUCUCUAUGAGAUCGAAUGUGAGAGUGUUGAUCCCGAAGGAGCUAAACGGCUCCUUGAGGAGUUCUUGAAGGAGAAUGACAUUGAUUAUUCUUACUCUACAGCCUCCAAAUUUGCCAUCUUUCGAUCUGGAAAACUGCCUUAGUCAGUGCCUGAUACGCAGAAGUUGGGAAGAAUUGCAAUUGGGUAGGGAUGGUGUAGCGGGCUUCUGAAGACUGUUUUUCCAUUUGAGGCUGAGGACACAACAUAUCAUAUCAUAUGCAAUAUAUUGUGUGAAGCCUAUAAGCCUUGCAGUGUUUGUAGUAUCCAAACCUAUGGUUAUGCAAUAUUAGCGGUUACUAAUGUUAUAAUGUUAGGAUGCAUGCAACUUAAUAGCUUAAGCUUGUAAGUAGAAAGAUACUGAGGGAUUGAAAAGGGAAUGUCAAGACAAGCUAGAUCUAUAGCUAGAGAUUUGUAUGGUAAUCGUUUCUUGGCUUUAUAUAUAUCAGUUGCUUGCUGAUAUCAAAAAAAGAGUUCGUCACAGAAUAUCUUCAGUGAAUUAUCCAUCACAAAUUUAAGGAGAGGAACUAUUGUGCUCCUUCCAUGUGUAUGUUCUGCUAGAUUUUUUUUUGGAAGUGAUUUUUCAUGAA